AUGAUGGAGAAGAUGAUGAUUCUACAUCAGCCAAGCUAUCAAGGAUGGAAGAUGACAAGCCUGACAAGGAACGAUUUGCUCGAGAGAAUCAUAGUGAGAUUGAAAGAAGGAGAAGGAAUAAGAUGACGGCUUACAUCACUGAGCUGUCUGACAUGGUACCAUCGUGUAGCGCCCUUGCUCGUAAACCAGAUAAACUUACAAUUCUACGUAUGGCUGUUUCACACAUGAAGUCUCUUAGAGGCACAGGGAAUACAAGCACAGAGGGAACAUAUAAACCAUCAUUUUUAACAGAUCAAGAACUAAAGCAUCUUAUUCUAGAGGCUGCUGAUGGAUUCCUCUUUGUAACCUCAUGUGAGAGUGGAAGGAUUAUUUACGUCUCUGAUUCCGUUACUCCAGUCCUCAACCAACCUCAGAAUGAUUGGAUAGGUGGGUCUAUCUAUGAUCUUGUUCAUACUGAUGAUGCUGACAAAGUUCGUGAGCAGCUAUCAACCUCCGAACCACAUAACAGUGGGCGUAUCUUAGACCUCAAGACGGGGACAGUGAAGAAAGAAGGUCAUCAAUCUUCAAUGAGGUUCUGCAUGGGAUCACGGCGUGGGUUCAUCUGUCGUAUGAAGUAUGGUAAUGCCCAGGUAGAUCCUAUGACCAUGAGCCGCUUCUGCCAUCUGAGGAAUAGAAGUAGUCUAGGAUCACCCAAAGAUACAGAACAGUAUGCUGUGGUCCACUGUACUGGUUACAUCAAGAAUUGGCCACCAUCGGCAGGUAUGGUGCCAGUGAUGGAACAACAAGAAGGAGAAGGUGAGGCACAGAGUACCAAUCACUACUGUCUUGUAGCGAUUGGUCGUCUUCAAGUGACUAGUACACCUAACUGUGCUGACCUUGGUGGAGCAGGUACUCCUAAUGAAUUCAUCUCAAGACAUAGUAUAGAUGGAAAGUUCACCUUUGUGGAUCAGAGAGUUACUGGAGUACUUGGUUAUCAACCACAAGAGCUUCUUGGUAAAUCUAGUUUUGAGUUCUACCACCAUGAAGAUCAAAGUCAUCUCAAAGACAGUUUUGAACAAGCUGUAAAGUUGAAAGGUCAGAUGUUAUCUCUGAUGUAUCGAUUCCAGUCUAAGAGUCGUGACUGGGUCUGGCUUCGUACUAGCUGUUUCAGUUUUCAGAAUCCAUACACUGAUGAGGUGGAGUACAUUGUGUGCACCAAUACAGCUAUCAAAAAUAUCCAACAACCCCAUGCUGGUCAAGAGAUGGAUGGGGCAGUGAGCACUAAACUGAAGGCACCUGGUGAACCCGUAGCAACCAUGACAGCAUAUGAUGCUUACCCAACCACUGCAACCGCUCCAACAGAUACCUUGACAGACCGUCUACCUGACAAGGCUAGUACUAGCACCAAAGCUGAUACAUCUAUGACAGGUAUGCGGAUGAACCAGGAACCUUCUGCUGCUGGAGGAAUGUUUGCAGGGGGUGGAGGACUCCUUACCGCCCAACAAGCUCCUCAGCAGAAUAUCAUGGGCAGUGAUAAGGCAGGGCGAAGUAGCCAUGUGGCAGGAACAUCUGGAUUCUCCUCUGGCUAUCACCAGAGAGGUCCACAGCUGUAUGGUCGUACUGGAGCAGGGGAAGAGAGUAGUAAUACUAAGAGUUCACUAGGAGGAGCUAGUAGCAGUGGAGUAAUGGAAGACUCUGCAAAGGGUUAUGGCUCAGGACAGACAAGCUGGUCAGCAUCACAAUAUUCCUCUCAGAUCAAAAAUACCCAGAGUGCUUUGCCAGUGAGCAGUCAGUCCGGGGUACCCUUUACAACCAGGGCUAGCGGAGCAAUGACAUCAUCACCGACACCUUCAUACACCCAGCUACAGUCUGGAGGAGGUCGGGGCUAUGGAUACCAACAAGAUAAAACAUUGCAAGGUUCCCAAGCUGGUCAGAUGGCUUACAGUGGACGUAGUGACGACUCCUCAAUGGGACGGAGAGACCAUGGCAUGUGGCAGCAACAACAACAGCAACAGCAGCCACAACAACAACAACAACCACAGCAGCAACAGUGGCAACAAGCAACCAGCAGUGCCCCUCCUACAGCUGAGAACCCCAGCGGAGGUGGGCAAGCUCCGCCGGUCCAGGAAGAGUUUACAGCAGACAUCUAUCGGAUGCUUGAGAGUCAACCUACUACCACUGGCUAUCCUGUCAAUCAGCAGGUGGAAGAAUUCCAAGAUAUCUCUAUGUUUCCUGCCUUCUCAGAGUAGAUCUUAAAACAGUAGAUUCAUUUCAUCCAGGUUAGAUGAGAACUUGCAUAUGUACAUCUAACCACCCUUAUAUUUUGGGCCUUCCUGAAGGCUUUUCUCUCUAUUUUUUAGUACAUAUGAAAGGUUGUAACUUUCUUAAAUUAUCAUGGCUUAGUUCAGAAAUGUACACUAGUCCAGCCCCAAUUCAUCUCCAUUUAGGAAUGGAGAUAAAUUGGGGCUGGACUAGCGUAUAUAAUGGUUGAUUAUUGGGGGAUUGCCCUUGUUGAAAGUCGACACUUUCAGAAGGGAUCCUUUGCCCAAAAGGGUCUGGAGAAGGAUGGUACUAAGCAUUAUAAUACAUAGUUCUUGUAAAGCAAAUAUUACAUUGUAAUAUAACUUCCCUAUAUGGUCCACAUAGCUUUAACCUCACAGCCUUUUGGAGUGUGCAAGCAUUUCAGGAAAUCAAUUCCUGCUAGGUACCCAUUUAAUAAUAAUAAUAAUGCAGUUCUUAUAUAGCGCAUUUCAGAUCUGAAAGGACUCUCAAUGCACUUUACAGAAAUUAAAAUUAUACAAUAUAAGGAAUUACUUAGAAUAACACUUAAACAACAUCAACAUUUACCUGGGCUUAGUGCAGCACAAUGUGGAUCAAUUUCUUGCUGAAGGAUAUUAUGCCAUGGCUGGGAUUCAAAUCCAUGACUUUCUGGUGAUAUUCUGAGAUCCAUUUUAUCUUAGAGGAAAUCAAAUAUUAUAUCUCUGUUAAAUCAGUGAGAUGAAAUACCCUUGAAAUCUCUCCGAAUUGGUGUUCUGAGAACAAUUUUAUCUCUGUUUUUGAAGCAAUAUCCAAUGAGAAACGCUGUUUUAUAGCACUCUCAUCUCAUUCAAUCAAUGAAAAUCCAUUCUGCCAGGAGGUGUGGCAAAGGAGCAAGAUCGCGUCAAUUUAUUGGUUUCAAAUGCGCUUGCACUAUACGCUAGUGAGUCUUUAUAGAGAUUUCUUUUU